CCAACCUCAAGUGCGAUGACGACGGCGGUUCAAGCAAGACAAACGGGCCCCACCAGCUAGGAAAACGGACCAAGGAAGAGAGAACCCAUAUACAGUCGCGGUUUUGUGUGUGCGCGUGUGUGUAGAAAAUUGGUGCUGGUGAAAAAUCGACAGAUUUUUCCAUCCUUGCUGGACUGGUAAUGCGUUAAUUUCCUAUUAUUCGCGGUUCGGAGAUCGGUUUCUGGCUAAAAGUGUUCGCGUUGACAAACGUUCGCGUCCGGGAAAGGAGUUAUCCCGUGCUGAGGCCUGCCCGGGUACAAUCCUGUACCAAUCAAGAGCAGGAUGGCUGACGCAGAUUUUGAAGAAUUUCGUCAAAACUUGGAUAAGCUGCCCUCAUACAGCAAGACUCCGGCCCCAUUCUACUCACUUGUUCCGGAUGUUGACCUAGACGAGGACACGCCAUCAACGAAAAGCAGCGAUGGCUCCGACCAUGAGGAUCUGAUUAGUGAGGCAGAUUCGGUGCUCAAAACGACCCCCAGCAAGACGCAGCAAAUCAUCCAAGCCAUCUCGACCAUCAGCACCAGCAGCAGUAGCAGUGCCGCAGAGGACGACGAAAUCGGCGAUGGACUCAAGACAGUUAUCAAACCGCAAACUGUUGCGGGCGGUGGUGCUAAACCGGAAUCAGCGGGACACGAAAGCACUCAGGAUAAUCAAUCGUUGCCGAUGCAGUUGACGUUGUGCAAUACAACAACGGCGCAGCUGGCGAGAACAAGUUCGUUGCCGUGGAUUCCAGGACAGGUCGAGCGACGGCGACGCAAGCUCCCAGAGAUACCUAAAAAUAGGAAAUCUUCCGUACUACAGCUGUUAUCAUCGGGUCAAACAUCACUGGCAGAUGAACUUAGCGCCAGCUCAAAGAAACCCAACUCGCAGUACACAUUCCUGAAGCAGAAUUCUUUACUGGCGCUAAAGUGCAGCUACCUGCUGGACGAGGACUCCAGUCCAGACUCGGAGCGACUCCAAAGCCUAGGCGACGUGGACAGUGGCCACAGCACGGCGCAUUCCCCAAAUGACUUCAAGAGUAUGUCCCCUCAGGCUCCACAGGCCGCUUCCCCCGUCACGUCACCCUUCCCGCCACCGUACGGUGGGGUUCCAUUCAGUCAGCUUGAGAUGCUGGAAGCGACCCACCGAGGGCUGCACAAAUUCAUCCCGCGGCAUCACGACGAGAUAGAGGUGGAAAUUGGCGAUCCAAUCUACGUCCAGAAGGAGGCGGAAGAUUUGUGGUGUGAAGGGGUUAACCUGCGAACCGGGCGGCAGGGUAUCUUUCCAUCGGCCUACGCUGUCGAUUUGGACUACAACGAUUUCGAUCCCUCGACGGUGGAAAUGAAACGGGAGCGGUAUUUGCUCGGGUAUUUGGGAUCGGUGGAAACGUUGGCCCACAAGGGCACCGGAGUGGUCUGUCAGGCUGUGAGGAAGAUUGUUGGUGAUGGAAGCGAAUCGCCGAAAGCACAGGCUUGCAUUCUGGAGAUUUCGGACCAGGGCUUGCGAAUGGUGGAUCGAUCGAGGAAUAAGAGAGACAAACGACCAUGCAUCGACUAUUUCUACUCGUUGAAGAAUGUGUCAUUCUGCGCAUUUCAUCCACGGGACCACCGGUACAUUGGGUUCAUAACCAAACACCCAACGGUGCAGCGCUUUGCAUGUCACGUGUUCCAGGGUACGGAAUCAACGAGACCAGUUGCUGAGGCAGUAGGGAGAGCAUUUCAACGAUUCUAUCAAAAAUUCAUAGAAACUGCAUAUCCAAUCGAGGACAUUUACAUAGAGUAAGCAGUGGAAUCGUGAGUGUAUUGGAAAGAGAAGACACAAGAGUACUUUUGAACCAAAGAGUAAUGUUAUUCCCAUUCCAACAAGAGAUAAGAUACAGAAGUUUUUGCAAAUUUAUUGUUUCUUAUACGAUCUUAAAAAACGGAGCAUUAAUUUCGACGAUCACUGGAGAUACGGCAAGUCACGAGUCGCGUCAUUAGACAAUUUUCAAAUUUUCCUCUUCGCUAUCCAACAACGGUCUGAAGUUAAUCGUCACUGAAUGACAUCAAAAUAAAGGGACCGAUAUUUCAUUCUGAAUGAAAGUAAUGAGAUUCUUCCAACAAACGAUGUCUGAUUAAAACUUUCCUAUCAUCACAACUAUUGCAUCUGCGAGUCAUCAACGAUUGCUUACUUAACAUCAAUUAUCAAUCUUUCAAGGACGUUCUCAUAAUGUUUCUGCAAUCUGCAGCCAGCAAUUUUUAUUGCUAAAUUACUAGUGGUGCUGGUAUGACAUAGUACUAGAAAAAAUGCUCAUUUAUCAGAACAUUCCCAUCAUUGAAAGGCAGGUUAUAUUUUCGAUUGCUGUCAAUACAAUUGUACGCAACCCAUGUGCUCUCUUACCGUAGCUGUUUGUAAGUAUGAUUAUUUAUGUACAUAUUAGACUAAAUUUGUAAAGCUGAAAGGAAGUAUUUUUAUGAGACAGGUUGAGUAGAGCAGCAGCUAUAUUCAUACAAACAAGAAAACUCAAAUAUACAACACAUUACUAGAAGCGCGUUGAACGGUUGCCUAAAGUCUUUAUUAGGUCGAAAGGAAAGAAUCGAACAGAGGGAUUUUUGCCGCUGUGAAUCUACUGCUAAGAAAUCAAACUUUUGCAUUCCAAUAUGAACAACACCAGCAAAAUCUAUGUUAACAUUUGGUCGGCCACGUUGUUAGUUGAUGAUCAUUUUCGAGAGUAUGAUUUUCAAUAAAUUUCAUUAAUUCAUCAGUAUGGUCCACUUUUUGAGUUGCCGCAGUUGCAUAUGCUUGAGAGUUAGUCAUAUAAAAUAGCAUUCAAGUGAGUAGCGUAUUUGUAAUAGAAUGAGCAAAGCGGUAGCAGAGUGAGCAAUGAGUGAGCGAGAAAAGGCAUUUAUCGUAUAUAGUUAAAUCAUCUAUAUUUCAUGGUAUUACGGAAAAAAUGUUAUUGUCAUAUAUAAUCCAACCAAAAUUUGCGAAGUUACAAAAGGGUAACGUUAAAAUCGUGCAUAUUAUGUCAGAAAAAUAUGAAAAAGGAAAAACAAUACUCAAAACUGUUAUGUAUAGAAAGAAUGCUUUAUAAUUUGUAUUCAUACAAUAGCAACUUUAAACACUCAGAUUCAUCUAAUUUAAGUAUUGGAUGUUUGCGAAAAAAAAAUUCAAUCAACACAUAAUAUUAUUGAGAAAAAAAUCAGAACAAUGAAAUAUUAGACUCAUCCAAUAUUCACUCAUAAUAAAUUAACAAAUCUCAUCGGUAAAAAAAUUCAAUGCUAUCACACUGCAGAAUAAUUUCUCAAAAGUUGACACUAAACACACAAAUAAAAGCAAACUGCAAAGUUCUCUUUUCCGAACAAUAAAUGACAGUAGGACUAGUCACUUAACAUGGAAACCUUAACUAACUUCUCCUGAUGCAAUAAAGUGUAACUUACAUACAUACCUACUACAUCACUGAUUAUAGUAGAACAGUCAUAACGCAGAGAGAAAUUAGAAGCCCACUAUGAACAAUAUUACUGGAGCAAAUAAAACUACAUUUGAAGAUGAA